UAGUAGUGGCACGGUGCAAAGGUGAGAAAAAGAAAAGGAAAACUCGAAACCCUCCGUAGAACCUUGCAGCGAUGGCCAUCGCCUCCGCCCUACGCCGCGCUCCAAGGGCGGCGGCCCUUCUCGCCGCCUUGGGCAGCCGAGCUGGCGGGCGCGUCCAUCCUCUCCACCGCCGCGCGGCGCACGUAUCCCCUUUCUCCUCUAUCCCCGCUCCGCAGCCGAGCGCCGCCGACGCCCAGCUCCUCCGGGUCAUAAACUUCGAGAUCUCCUCCGCCCAGAGCGAGUGCAGGAAGCCUAACUGGGCAAAGAUACUUGGGGAAGACUUCCCCUUCGAGAUCAAAGACAAGGAGGGCACCAACAGGAUAACGCUCACGAGGACCUGUAAGAGCGAGCAGAUCGAAGUGGAAGUGCUCUUGCCCAGCCCCGUUGAAGAGGACCAAGCUGAAGACGGCGAAAAACUUAGCCAGAGCCACGCCGGUAGUGAUGUUGUGUCGAGCCAGUACUACUGUAUCCCGCUCGUGGUGAGAAUUCACAAAGGGGCAGCGGCUUCGUGCUUGGAGAUCAGCUGCCGCUCUUGCCCUACGGAGCUCGUCAUCGAGAGCCUGGAGUUCCGGUCGAGCGGUGCAUCUGGUGGUUCGUUGAGUGGUGGAACUGCUUUCAGUAACCUUCCUGAGGAGAUUCAGAAGGCUUUGCAUCCCUACUUGGGAAUUAGGGGCAUCUCGCAGCACUUUACCGAUUUCUUGCACGCGUACAUGAUAAACAAAGAGUGCCAUGAGUAUUUGACUUGGCUCAGGAAACUCAAAGGUCUGAUCAAAAGUUGAGUAGAGUGGAAGAUCGAGUUUUCUCCUUUCAAUUUGGGUAGUUUGGACAAUGUACCUUUACUAAGUUUUUGAGCAUUUUGCUCAUUCUGUAGCUAUGAGCUGUGUGACUCAAGGAGGCAAAUGCUGCUAUAGAGCUUUUACUUUAUCUAAUAUUGUACUGGCCUUGGUUAUCAAGAUUAUAACUUCCUUCCUUGAAUAA